CUAUUAUAGUUCCUCUUAUGGCGGUGUUACGCAUGUGUUAUUGAAGGACAAGGAGAGUUCAGUACAUCGAAAGAGGAAGAUGACAGUAUCUAUGCUUUUGUUUUGGAGUAAAAGAAUAAUUGUCUUGUUAUCUUUGGCAGUAUUAAGUUGCAAUUCAAUUGAUAUGCUUGGAAACUGAUGGUACCAGAGGACCUGGACGAUUUGCACAACAGUUAGAUGAGCAAAACAUUGAAGGUACCAGCAAGAAUUGUUGGAAUAAUAGCGCGUUCGAAGGGCUAUUAAUACAUUUGCUGUCAGUUUUCGCGGGCAGUAUUAGAUUUGCAAAAUGAGCUGCUGGCAAGCAGAGGUUAUUGAAGCAAACUGAAGUAAUCCUUACAGAUGGAACGAGACAUUCCUAGCUACACUGGCAAAGGCGGUCUUGGAAGUUAUCCACAGCACCACCCCUAUAAUCACUUGUCUCGGCCAACCAGCCUCCCUGUUUUUGACACCACAUCUCACCUGGAACAUAUCUCCCCCUUCCACUCUCCAUUUUACCGGCAGGGACACUAUGAAAGCUUACUUCGUGGCAAGGAAGAAAGGCGAUCAAAAUUUAUGAUUGGAGAUCCCUUGUUAGUCAGUCCGACUGCUCAUAGCCACCAUGCUGGACACCACGUCAGCCCAAGGUUCUACUCUCCGCAGUUUAUUGAAGAAACGUCGUACGAGAAGUAUGCAACAACACCCCCGUCACCAACGGAAUCCAGUAAUUAUAUGGAUUCAAAGUUGAGCCAAUUUUCUCCUGCACAUCUGCAUUACAGCCCUAUGUUCCCUUUCGAUUCCCCCUUUUAUGAAAAUCGGGGCAGUUAUUCACCAUUUAGAAGAGAAAGCCCAAAGCCUGUUAAAUAUUCUCCAAUUUCAAAUAUCAAUAGAACGCCUCAUAAAGUUAUCGCAGAAAGUAACCACUCCCCAAUGAAAUUAUCGCCAAGCUAUUUUGAUUGCAAAGAAAUCCGACCAUUAGACUCUCCAGAUCGUGUAUCUGUCAUAGAGGAAAUGCGGUGUAGGAGCCAGAAUGUCGCAAAUCAGCCUGACGUCAUAUCAGAUCGCCAUUCUAACGGUAUACAGGUGCAUCCAGUAAAUGACUCCCGUCUUGGUCCUUCGACAAAGGAGAAAAUACAUCGUGAAUUCGCACAUAGAUUCUUGCUUGAAAAUGCCAGGGCUUCUGAUAAAACUAAGUUUCAUAUGCCGUUCUCCAAGGAUUUCGAAAGCCUCAGAGCUCAGCUGAUGCCCAACGUGGAACAGCCUGCUCAGUCUAUUCCAUCUCAUCAUUGUGGAGGAGCAAUACGUCGUUCUGUAAUUUGCAAGCCUCCCUCAGCUGAAAAGAAUGUGACAAUUAAUGAUACGCGCUUCAUUCCCCAACAGGUGGCACGGAAUGAUCGUAUGACGGAUAAUUUUCAUGACCACAUUGGAGAAAGGCAUUCUGACAAUUGCAACGGGCCCAGGGUCGAUAAUUACCAUCCUACUCACAACCUAUUUGAAAAAGUCUUUAAUGUAGGAAGCAGCAUUGUUGCUGAGAAAAAACCCACUACCCCUUGCAAAUUAGACUUUGAUAGAAGGCACGCUUCUAAGGAGAAGGACGAGAUUACGAGUUACGGCAGUGAAACCUCUUUAAGGAACGGAGUCAGCCGAAUAUCAUCAACAUUGACACCCAUUAAAGACCAUAAAGCCAAACGGGGAGCUAAAGAAGAUACUUACAGUGGUGUUGAUAUGGAUCGAAAAUUAAUUUCGGCGAAGUUAGCGCCGAAUAUUCGUGAUAAUGAUCGAGACGAGCUAUUAAUUAUCGAGAGCAGAUCUCGUAAAAGCGAUACUUCGACAAAUGUCGAUAAAAAGGAAAGACACGAUACACGGAAUGCAUUUGAUAUGGUUGAUGCAAAUAUUGACGGGACACGAAAAAUAUCGGUUGUUCAUGACCCGCUGAACGGUUUUGUAGAGACUAAAGCAGAUUUAACAAAUGACGGAAAAUAUGUUGCUACUGAUCUGCCAUGUAUGGAAACAGACACAAAACAAGAAAGGAGGAGUAGUUUCGAAGAAAAAAACUUCAGUAACGCCAUUUAUGAUGAACAUAACAACAGAAACACUAGGCAAAAGUCUGUAAUUGAAAAUAAUUCAGGAAAGGAAUCUAUGAUUAGUGAUGAGCUCAUUAAUGGUCAGAAAUCGCCAAAAUCAAAGCUUGAAGAGGAGCGAAAUUUUGAUGACUUUCAAAAGGACGAAAUGUUUAAUAAUCAAACGGAGAAAUGCGAAGAUUCUGAAGAGGAGGAGGAAGAUUAUGACGAUGAAAAAGAAGAGGAAGAGAGCGUAGAAGAGAUCUCUGAGGAUGCGGAGGAGUUUGCUGCUUCUCCAAAAGAAAGUCUUUCGUCAGAGGGGACUGGGAACGAUGAAAUAACAAAUAAACGGGUGCUUUCUAGAGAAGAGCGUGCUAUUUUAUAUGCAAUGCAGAAAUUCAAAGAAAUGGAAGAGAAAAAAACGAGCAAGAAAAGAAAGGGGAAGCCUCCAGACCCACCUGAAAAGAAACGCAAAUUGGCCGAAUCAAAGGAAGCACUUUUGAUAAAGGAAGAUAUUACUGCAAAUGAGAUGCGGAUAAUAAAAAAGAAACGAAAGAAGAUCAAGUUAAAGCAGAAAAAAGCAUUCCAAGUCUGUGGAAAUGUGUUAUCGGACGAGACAAACACAAAUGAGAAGGAAAGAAAAGACGAUGUGAUCAUUACUAAAAAUGUAAAUAGCAAAAGUAAAAGUCAACAUAAAAGACUAAAGAAACAUUUACGGAAAGGUGAACAGAAAAUGAAGAAAUUAAAGUUUGAUCAUGACAAAAAACAGCAAGCACCGAAGGAAACUAAACUUGCACAGAAAGAUGGUGACGGUGAACUCACGAAAGAACAUGAGACUGCUGCCGAGAAAGAAGGAUUGCAUGGCAGGACGGACAUGCAUCAGAAGUCCUAUCUCCUCGUACCUUCUUACAAAGGAUUUAAGGAUUUUGCACCUGUGCUAUUAGAGGGACGAACGAGACAGAGAUCCAGCCAGACUGAUGCAGAAAAGGUUGGAAAGCCCAAAUUCCCCAUCUUAGUUGUCGAGACUGUUGGAGAGAAAAGAAAUGAGAUUCUCGUUAAAGAAAAUGAAGACUUGGAUAAAAAAAUUGCGAAGGAAUCUCUCUUAGCAGAGAAGAUCUUCGAAGAUGUGACAUAUGAAGAGGGAAAACUUAAGACGAGCGUUAAACAUCUCUCCUGCAAUCGGAUGACUGGAGAAACGGUUCUUCAUAAAGCUGCAAGACUUGGAUAUGAUGACGUUGUUGACAUUAAAAUAAAAGAGGGCGCUGACGUAAACGCAAGGGAUAACGCAGGCUGGACGGCGUUGCAUGAAGCAUGUGUUCGCGGUAAAACGGAUGUUGUUAAAGUGCUACUGCGCUAUGGAGCAGACCCCAACUGUCGUUCUGAAAAUGGAAUAAGGCCGCUUCACGAUGCAGUUGAAUCUGGCAACAUGGAUAUAAUUCGCUUGUUGCUGCGCUACGGUGCUGACAUUGCAGAGGAGACGUACAGUGGGCUGAAGGUAUUGCAACUUGCUCGGACGCAGCACCUCAGAGAGUUCCUUAAAGGUUAUAUCGUUGACAUUCAAGCAACAGAAUUACUUGAAACCGACGAAGAUAUCUCAAAGGAUCGCUGGGAAUUCAGAGGGUCAGCUUCAUUUCUAGAUAAACAAACUGAUGACGCUGAUGAAAUUUUUGGAGAAUUGCCUAUGGAUUCAGAUAUUCAAAUUGAGUUCGUUGCAACCUCGAAGGAGCCAUUGCCAGUAUACAAUCUACCUGUCUUCCGCGACAACAAAACAGUAGUUGGGUACAGAAAUUAUUAUAUUUUAAGCGAUGUCCUCGAUACCUUGGCGGUAACGCGCGCGAAGUUUCUAAAGAAACACAAAGUCGAACUACGAACACUUUCUUGGACUGAUUUUGUCAGCUUUGUACGUCAAAGUCAGAUCGCGCUGCUUCCAGGUCCGCCAUCAACAAGUAAUGAAGGCGAAGAACCGUUUGUAGAUCUAGUGCAUUUCGGGAAUUUCACGGCGCGAAAGCUUUUUGACAUUAAGGCCUACCAAAUUUAGUAACUUGCAAGGUCGGAUACCGUCAAUAACUUCCUUACAUGCGUCUUGUUGAAAGAUAAAAGUCCGCGGUUCACUGGCCUACAAGACAAUUACGUUUGCUCGACCGGCCUAAAAAUUGACUGAGUGCUGCUACCAGCCACUGACCGAAGCCAAACUGGAUUUGAACGGAGGUUGAUAAAUCACAAGAAUACAGAAAUCUUGGUUUUCGGGAAUGAUUAAGGAAGAAAUGCUUCUUUUAUGAAGGCCAAUUGCGCUAACGAUGAGAAAGAUAUUUGCCUAUGUUUGCUUAUCGAUAGAAGUUAUAUUUGUCUUAAAACUUUAAAGGCUUGAUUUUUACUUUCGUAUAAAGAAAUCCUGUGCAACAGUCUUAGUGCUUAAGCAUCGAAGUUUAGAGCUUUUAAUUUACGUUAAGCUGAUUCAUUGUUUUCGCAGAUUCAUAAACAUUGUAUUUAAAAGAUAGUUUGCUAAAGAUCUAUACUGUUAACGAAACAAAUCUAUUUCCAGCUGAUUGUAGAGAUUUGCUUUUGUAUUGACAGUAGAGUCGUGCUUUGUAUCUUUGGGAUUGACAUAUGAGAGUUUAUAUUGUUGAUAUUCAAAGACAAAAAUUA